UAUGUGGUCCUUGCUUUAAGAUACUCCUUAUAGAUCUCUUCACAUAUCUUCAACUUCGAAGCAAUUGCAACUCAAAAAAACACCCUGCACGUUAAUGUACCCUCUCCAAAAUAUUCACCUUCUAAAAAGAAUAAUCAUACUUUUAUAUAUUCCAUCUCAUUUUCUCUUGCUUCCACAGCCCCAUUAUAUAUUUUCAUCCUCCAUUUUCAAGAAACUAAACACCCUAGACUACUCCCAUCUCAAAAUUGCAUCAAUCAACUAGUCUAACCCAAAAUAUGACAAAAUACAACCACUCUUUAAUCUCAUUCCCAAUCCUCUUGCUCUUCCUUUUGUUCCCACAAUACCUUCUUUCUCAAGAAAACAUUUUUGUUCGUCAGCCAGCUAGUCAACUCAUCAUCACUCCCCAUCAACGCUCAAAUUCAGACCCCCAACAGGUGCAUAUUUCAUUGGUGGGGAAAGAUAAGAUGAGAGUGUCAUGGAUAACAGAAGACAAGGAAACAAAAAGUGUGGUGGAGUAUGGAACAAAAUCAGGGGUGUAUAGUGAAAAAACAAAUGGAGAAAAUACCUCAUACCAAUAUUUUUUCUAUAAUUCUGGUAAAAUUCACAACACUGUGAUUGGGCCUUUGGAACCAAACACUACUUACUUCUACAAAUGUGGAGGUUUAGGUCCAGAAUUUUCCUUCAAGACACCACCAUCAAAGUUUCCCAUUGAAUUUGUCAUUGUUGGAGAUUUGGGACAAACUGAAUGGACAGCAUCAACCCUAAAACAUGUUGACAAAAGUGACUACGAUGUAUUCUUAUUACCAGGAGAUCUAUCAUAUGCAGAUUCACAACAACCAUUAUGGGAUUCUUUUGGUCGUUUAGUAGAACCAUAUGCUAGUAAAAGACCAUGGAUGGUUACACAAGGAAACCAUGAAAUUGAAAUUUUUCCAAUUAUAUACCCAAAAGGAUUUGAAGCCUAUAAUACACGUUGGCCUAUGCCAUUUCAAGAGAGUGAAUCCAACUCAAAUCUCUAUUACUCUUUUGAUGUUAUUGGUGCCCAUAUAAUUAUGUUAGGUUCAUAUGCUGAUUUUAAUGUUGAAUCACAACAAUAUGAAUGGCUUAAAUUAGAUCUUGCUAAGAUUGAUAGAGUUAAGACACCAUGGGUUAUUACAUUGGUACAUGCACCUUGGUAUACUACUAAUGAAGCACAUCAAGGUGAAGGUGAAUCAAUGAGAGAAGCUAUGGAAGAGUUGCUUUAUGAGGCUCAUGUUGAUUUGGUUUUUGCUGGACAUGUUCAUGCAUAUGAACGAUUUACUCGAAUUUAUGAUAACAAGGCUGAUUCAUGUGGUCCAAUGUACGUGACAAUUGGGGAUGGAGGAAACCGUGAGGGACUUGCAUUAAGGUUUAAGGACCCCCCAAGCCCUCUCUCAUUGUUUCGAGAGCCAAGCUUUGGUCAUGGAAGGUUACGAAUACUAAAUGAAACUCAUGCACAUUGGUCAUGGCAUCGCAACAACGAUAAAGAUGCAGUUGUAGCUGAUGAAAUAUGGAUAGAGAGCUUAAGCAACUUGAAAGGUUGCUCAGAGACACAAAAUAACCAAGUUGCUCAUGAUGAGUUGUAAAUUUCAAUUUGGAACAAUAUAAAGAAUGUCGAGAUUAAAUAACUGGGAGUGUCUCAAUUUGCUAAUCUUUUGGGAUGGUAUCUGGAAUUCGGAAGAGAGGUGAAACAUGCCACAUAUGGAAAAGGAUUGUCUCCAGUACAUGAGAGAAUGCUGUGAAUUAUUUACCUUUGAUUAUGGUUUUUAAUAAUUAAAAAAUUUGUACCAAAGAAAAUGGGUGGUUGUGAUUCCACAUGACAUAAAAUGUCACCGGAGACAACCCUCACCCUGCCACAUAUAAACACUUGAGUUGAUUUUUGUUAAGCUGAGAAUAAAACUUGAUAAAAAAUAUAAAUACAACUUUCUAAAUUUCAUUUUUUA